AUGGCAGGUCGUAAGCCGUUGAAUAAGAAUCAGCAGUUUAAAAGACAGAAGGUGCGUGAUGCGCGAGCUAUUAGAAGUGAAGCGGUUCUGUUUUCAGAACAGGAAUUCGGUGAGGCGGCUCAUAUGCUGAAGGUGCCUGACUUUGUAUCAUCUCGUAAGUUUGAAUUAGUUCAAUUACAAAAUUCUAUUCAUAGAUCGCGUCAUUCGUCUUCUACUCGUGUAUUUCAGUCUUUGCCCAGAAGGCUUCGUCGGCGGACGGCGUCCCAUAAUGUGAAAAGAAUCCCCAAAAGGAUGAGGAAUAGGGCCUUACGAGAAAUGGCCAAGAGCAAUCAGACUGUUACCAGUGGGACGAAGGAUAGUUUGAAGAAGAAAAAACAUGGUUUGUCAGCAAGGAAACUUUACAGAUUAAAGAUGACAGUAAAUCUUCUGAGAUUGGCGAGCAGGAAUGUAGCGCUGAAAUUGGCGAUGCCUGCUGAAGUUGCACCAGCAAAGUUCAAAUUAAGAGCGAGUAUUCGUUCCUUGCGCCAACAGAUACGGGCUGCCCAAGACGGUAAAGCGGUGCGGAAAUUGAAUAAUAGCUUGGGGAGUUAUGACAACACUGGCUUUCAAAAACUGGCGCCUAAACCACUUGGUCGUAUUAAGUAUAUGAAACGUCAGCGCACAUUUACUUGGUUACCUACUCACGUUUGGCAUGCCAAAAGGUCGCAUAUGGUCAAGAGAUGGGGGUUUCAAAUUCCUUGGUCACCGACUCAAAAAUGUUUUCGAAUGACUCACAGACUAACCGGCUCAGUUGCUUCGUCAAACGGCGCAAUGUGUGCUGAUACAAGUUACAUUGGCACUAUGGUGGUCAAGUCGAAAGAUAGUGUUCAAUUGACAGAUUUUGUGAAGCAGCUCACAGAUGGUCGUGCUUCUAGGAAAAAGUACAAAAUUUCACAGCAUCUUUUUGAAGGUCUCUUCUAUGAAAUCAGCAAUGGAGAUCCGUUGGGUCCUGGCACUUUACUCUGGAUAGAUCCUACAAUGUUGCUGAUUCGCCUACAUCCUGCAAUAUAUGAGGUGGUUUUCAAAACAGUUCGUGAGAAGUUUGAAGUUCAAGAUUGCCGCUAUUCUAUAGCUAGCAUUACUAUUACUGGCGGUAAAGCAUUGCAAGCACUUUCACACAUAAUAAGAACUACAAAUACUUCAGAAUCAUACAAGCAGUUCAAAUCCGUUUGUAAUGUAUCUGAUUCCUCUAUAUUUCCUCACAGAGCGAUAUUUGCCUUUAAUGUUAUCGAUCCUAGACAUCUUUCUUCACCGAAAAAGGUUAGCGAAUCCAAAGAGAUUCCUUCUGCAUCUACCAUAGUUGAUCUUGCUACAAACUACCCUGCGGAUAAGAUUUUCAAAGUAUUACAAAAACUGUGUGACGCAAUGGGUAGAGAAAAUUCCUACAAAAACCAGCAAACUUUAAAACAGUUGGCUAAAAGACGGCAAAUGCUUUUAAGGGAAUCAAUUCACACAAAUAUGAUACCAUAUGAUGCGUCAACGGAUCCCGAAAUACCAGUGGUCCUCAUUAGACAGCCAAAAACUUCGAACUGGCUAGUGUUGAUUCCUUGGUUUUGGAUGCUGCCAUUUUGGUAUCAACUUAAUCGAGUUCCUCACGUAUAUCAUAUGGGUUUGAAGCAACUUCACCAGCAAAAUUAUGAAAGGGGCUUGCUGCACUUCCCUGACGACUAUUCAUUUACAGCCGUAGGUCAACAAGAACUCUUGUACAAGGCAGAGGCAGCCAAAGGCGUGUGGGAGCGCAAGCCAAGUGGUAAAAGAAUAAAUUACGGUAAAGUUGGCGAUAUUCAUGCAUCUGAGUGUCCUGGAUACACCGGGGAGAUUGGAGAAUGGUUUGGCAGUGACUGGAAGUUAUUGCAAAUACUUCAAAACGGUGUUUCUUACCUAGGAACAGAUAUAAAGACCCACAAUUCUGAACGUACGACUCAAUACGAUGCUGCUACAGGCUUAAAACAACUAAAUUGUGUAAGAGACCUUCUACAGCUCUACGAUGAUGUUAGAAAUAGGAUUGAAGAAUCUCAAAAUUUGCCGAUCAACCUAUUCAACCAAGGAAUUGGAAACUUCAAAGAACACUCCAUUGUUACCGAACAACAACCUCCUCAACUUUCCAUUGCAAACACUCCGUUGUCGGUCAUUGCAAUUGUCUGCGAGGCCGUCGAAAGAGGCCAUUUCAAGGACAAUUCACGCCUAUACGCUAUCUCGGACAAAGACAUACCACAUUGGAUCGAGGCUGCUACAGGUAACUACCGCCCAAAUGGAAAACGUAACCAUGAACUGGAACAUCCAAAGCCAAAGAUCCAAGAUUUAAUCGGCUUCAUCACUAGUGGAACCUAUCACUUGAGUGAAGGUAAAAGUCUAGGAAAUGGUUUCCUUGCUACUAACUAUGCAGCUAAGAGCAAGCACAAUUAUAUACUCGUUCGGAAUAUUGGUACAAAUAUUUAUAGACUGGCUACAUGGCAACAAAUUCUUGUUUAG